UUUCUUUACUGAUACUAGCUUCACCUAGAGGGCGAGGCCUCCAGAGGUUCUGCAGUAUAUAAGCAGGAGACACAGAGCUACGAACUCAACAAGCAUCUGAUCCCUUCACUGAAAUAUUCAGAAACGGAGAUAUGCUUCUCUCUGUCCUUUUUGUCCUGGGCAUUAGCCUGGUGCCCACUCACUCCAAACCCACAGAAUAUCUGGGCAGUCCUUUCCUUCAACAAUGCUUUGAGGAGGCAAAGAAAAUUGUGGAUGACGCAUACAAGUACUCCAGAGACGAGAGUCUGAGGCGGGUCCGCAAAGAAGUGGUGGCACCUCACGAUGCUCUUCGCCUCAUGAAGCAGCCCCGUGGUGACACUCGCUCGGCUGUGAGGUCGGCAGACUACAUGGCGCAGACCCUCCGUCUGCUCCACGAAAGGGUGCACCACUUGCACAAGCGCUCCCUCAACGCUACAGAUUUGCUCACGCCCGAGGAUCUGAUGAAACUUGCUGAAAUAACUGGAUGUGCUGCUCGAGUCAGACUCCCAUCAUGCGUUACUACGCCAAACAUGAACAAAUAUCGCACUGCCACCAGCGUCUGCAACAACCUAAAAAACCCUCGCCUCGGGGCCUCCAACACUCCCUUUACCCGCUGGCUGCCUGCUGAGUAUGACGAUGGUGUCUCCCAACCCAAAGGACACCGAAAUCGAACUUUAAACAACUUCCUACUCCCACUGGUGAGGCAGGUCUCCAACAACAUCCUGAGCACAACAGAUGCAGCGGUGGUCAGCGACAGAGAGUUCAGUCACAUGGUGACCCUGUUUGGCCAGUGGAACGACCACGACCUCACCUUCACACCCUUCUCGCCCAGCAUCCGCUCCUUCAGCAACGGGGUGAACUGUGACGAGAGCUGCGAGAAAGUGGAGCCAUGCAUACCCAUCCCGAUCCCCCCUGGCGACACCCGUCGGCCCUCGGGCCCCGACAGCUGCAUCCCCGCAUUCCGAUCGGCUCCUGUUUGCGGAACGGGAUUCACAGCCCUGAAUUUUGGCGGCGAGACCAACAAACGAGAGCAGAUCAACUCCCUGACGGCCUUCCUGGACCUGGGACAGGUGUACGGCUCGGAGGAGAAGCUGGCCCUGUACCUGCGUAACCUCAGCAGCGACGACGGCCUGCUGCGCGUCAACACCAACUUCACCGACAGCGGCCGGGAGCUCCUGCCCUUCCACCCCAUGCAGGUGCAGAUGUGUGCCACUCGCCGAAGAAUCACCAACGACACCAAUGCCAAAGAGGUGCCGUGCUUCAUUGCAGGUGAUGUCCGUGUGGACGAGAACAUCGCAUUGACUUCCAUCCACACACUUUUCAUGCGUGAGCACAACCGCCUGGCUCGUCAGCUGAAGAGACUGAACCCACAAUGGGACAGUGAGACUCUCUACCAAGAGGCCCGCAAGAUCAUGGGGGCUUACACACAGAUAUUUGUGUUCAGAGAUUACCUGCCGCACAUUGUGGGCGACGCAGCCAUGCGCAGGCAGCUGGGCCGUUACCCCGGCUACAAUCCCAAUACAGACCCCAGCAUUGCCAACGUCUUUGCAACAGCUGCGUACCGCUUCGCCCAUUUGGCCAUUCAGCCAGUUUUAUCCCGACUGAAUGCAAACUACAGGGAGCACGCUCUAUUCCCCAGUGUCCCCCUGUUCAAGGCCUUCUUCACACCCUGGAGACUCGUCUUUGAAGGUGGAAUUGACCCUCUGCUUCGUGGUCUGAUGGGCCGUCCCGCUAAACUGGCCACCCAGAGUAACAUGAUGGUGGAUGCCCUGAGAGAAAAGUUGUUCCAGUUUGUGCAGCAUCUGGCUCUGGAUUUGGGCUCUCUCAACAUGCAGAGGGGACGUGACCAUGGCUUGCCUGGCUACAAUGCAUGGCGCAGAUUCUGUGGUCUGUCUCAGCCCCGGAACCAAGCCGAGCUGGGCCGUGUUCUGAACAACAACAAUUUGGCUCGGCGGCUCCUGGAGCUCUACGGGACACCCGACAACAUCGACGUUUGGGUGGGAGGUGUCGCGGAGCCGUUUGUGCGGGGUGGCCGUGUGGGGCCUCUGUUUGCCUGCCUCAUUGCAAACCAAUUCCAGAGGAUCCGCCAGGGGGACAGGUUGUGGUAUGAGAACCCAGGUGUCUUCACCCCACAGCAGAGGGCUGCCCUGUCCUCUGCCAGGCUGUCCAGAAUCAUCUGUGACAACACUGGAAUUGCAUCUGUGCCCACUGACGCUUUCAGCGUCAUCUCCAACAGGAACCGGCUCACACAGUGCUCCCGUAUACCCAGACUGAAUCUGUCUGCCUGGAGGGAAAGAUCCUGUGUAAAUGGCAUAGGUGGCGGGUGCUUUCCUUUUGGGGCCGAAGAGCUUGUGAAUCAAGACGAUGAGCAGGGCUUUCAGGAUCCUCUGGAAUCCGAAGAUUCCCAGGAACUCCAGGAUCCUGUAGAUCUUCAAGACCCCUUGGACAUCCAAGAUCCUCUGGAUCUUCAGGACCCCUUGGACAUCCAAGAUCCUCUGGAUCUUCAGGAUCCUGUAGAACUGCAAGACCCCUUGGAUCCCCAGGACCCAGUGGGUCUGGAGAACAACGAGAUCCAAUAAGACUUGUAAGCCCCAUGAGCCCUCUUGAACCAAAAGCAUUCAUCAAUACAACCCAACAACCGCAGUCUCCCAACAGACAGCUUCAUCAAAUGGAGCUCAUCAUCAGAGAGAGUCACCCAGAAAGGCCUUUUUACACAUUUCAUUCCUGGUGUCUAUCAGUUCAACUUUCUCAACGAUAUCUCCAUCAAAUUGGUGAAAACGUCAGCUGUGGUGACCAGGAGGC